GACUUCGACAUCGCUGCCCUUGACGGUGCUCUACCCCUGAAAGAACCGACAGUCUAUCCUCUCCAGGACUCCCCAGAAGGAAGGACUUGUCUCUCAGAAGCGCGCCUGCUCAGCUCCACUGGGUAGCUACGAAGCCGGGCAUCAAGCCAACAUCAAGUGAGGAGCGGGAGAUCAACAGAGUCGGAGCGGCACCCUGAUGUCGACGCUUCCCUCCCUCCCAGUCGUGCUCAGCGGGGCCCGGACUUCGCAAACAUACCGCCGCGGCGCGGAUGGCACGCUUCCGUCUGGCGAUAGGAACGUAACGCGGUUUAUUCAAAGUCUCACUGAACCAUCACCACUGCGGGAGCCAGGCUGAGCGCGCGGCGUGGACCAUCGACGGGCCGAUACCAACCGCAACUAUUGCUUAUAAGGCGCUUGCGGCCGUGGCGCGCACACGCCCUUCCUUCCCUCCUCCCAAAUUCUCCCCCCUUCCCUUGUACGAUGCGUCGCUCGUUUAUGGCCGUGCUAUGCACGGCUCCCUUCAUCGUUCAUGCUCAAACCACUAUAACGGGCGACUCCUCCGUGGCUGCUGACCAGGCCUUUGACUAUAUCAUCGCCGGAGGAGGCUUGACCGGCUUGGUCGUCGCGAACAAGCUCUCGGCUGAGGGUCACUCCGUCCUUGUCUUAGAGGCUGGGCCCGACUCGCGCGGCGUCGAGCCCAUCGACGUCGCGCCCGACCGCAACAACAUCACGGCCGAGGAAUGCAAUUGGAAAUACGACGCGCUCGCGGAGAAUGGGACUGCGCUCAGCUGGAAGAUUGACAGUGGCCGCUGUGUGGGUGGCAGCACGUCGAUCAAUGGGAUGGUGUGGUUCCACCCUACCAAGCCCGAGCUGGACGCGCUUGAAGCUCUUGGUGCGAAGGGAUGGAACUGCGAGACGUUGUACCCAUACAUGACCGCCGUCGAGAACUACCACCUCCCGAACGCCGAGCAGGCCGCCGAGGGCGCGACCCUCAACCCCAGCCUCCACGGCUACGACGGCCCCGUGAAUGUCUCCUUCCCGGAUCCCAUGCGCAUCCCUGUCGGCCAGCAGCUCUACAAGGCAGCCAUGUCGACGGUUUUCCAGGGCCUGUCGCUUUCCCUCGACCUCAGUGACAGAGAUUACUCGGUCCUGGGCUCGACAGCGUGGACGGCGUGGAAUGAUAACUCGACGGGCACGAACGUGAUCAGGCGGUCGUCGGCUGCGCAUGCCUUUUUGUAUGCGGAGGACCAGCAAAGGCCGUCGUUGACGGUGCUGCAUGAUCAUAAAGUUCUGAAGGUCAACUUCGACGGCGAUGUGAAGGCGACUGGGGUUCAGUUCGGUCCUUCGACUGGCGGUCAGACGUUCACUGCGACUGCGAACAAGGAAGUGCUGCUCGCUGCGGGGAGCUUGGCUACGCCACCCAUCCUCGAGCACUCGGGUGUCGGCGACAAGGAGAUUCUGUCGCAAUUCGGCAUCGAGACCCUUGUCGACCUCCCUGCUGUCGGUCGCAACCUCCAGGAUCAGCCCGGCACCGGCGCCACCGCGCUCGUCAACGAUGCGAAUGCGACGAACACUGGUCUCAUCGAUAAUGUGAACAUGUUUGCGCCGGUCAUCUCGCUGGUCAACAUGGAUGAGGUGUUCGGGUGGGAUGUCGCCCGCAAGUCUAUGGAGCUUGGCUUUGGUUUGGUGCCGAAGGCGAUUGAGGCUGUGAAGGCUGGCGCGAUGGUCUCUAUUGAGAGCGCGCUUGCGGUGUUCACGGCGCAAUCGUAUCUUGUUCUGAAGGAGAAGCUGCCGAUUGCGGAAGUUGUUGGCGAGAGCUACCCGGGCGUUUUGACCACAGUGUUCUGGCCCCUGAUGCCUUUCUCCCGCGGCUAUGUGCACAUCAACAGCAGCGAUCCGUUCGCCGAGCCCGCCAUUACCCCUCGCUUGCUUUCCGAUGACUUCGACCUCUCCGUAGCCGUCACCGUUGCCAAGAAGGCGCGCUCCAUGUUCACGACGGCGCCGUUCCAGCAGGUCGUCAGCGACCCGUACGUCGACCUCCCGGAAGACGCUACGGACGACGACUGGGCCGAGUGGUACAGGUCGACUGCCUACGGCGCCUCGCACUGGCUGGGCAGCUCGUCCAUGUUGCCACGCGCGCUCGGUGGUGUCGUGGAUAACAAGUUACAGGUCUACGGCACCAAGAACCUGCGUGUCAUCGACGUCUCCAUCCUCCCCAUGCCCAUUACGGCGCACACGAUGCCCGCCGCUUACGCCGUUGCGCAGAAGGCGGCCGACAUUAUCCUGGGCAAAGAUACCACUGUCAACUGGUGACAGACCGGGGAGUGCGAUUGACUUCUGAGGACAUUGCUUGUUUACUAGUACGGUACAUAUAUAUCACUACUGUCAUUAUAUGCUUGUACACGGAGGAAGACUGGCCUCUUGUACAAAUCCGGAUCGCUUUCCUUGCUUUCAAUGGUUAUGGACGGUGUUCUCUAGGUUGUAGGAUGUAGAUAUGGCCCGGGUAUGCUUGUACAUACGGAUUGAGCCGCCUUGAGCGCUCAAAUAUAUUCAUCUUGCU